UUGAGAAGUCGAAAGGUUUACCCAGGAGACGGAAAAGCCGGAAAAAGAUACGAGAAAUGCCUGCAAAGAAAAAACUUGAAGGCAAAGCUAAAGGUAAAGGAAGUACUCGGUUCUGCGGCCAUCGGACUCAAAUAAAAGUCGUAACUCAUUUCUCAUUUCGUCUCAUUUCAGCCGGGAGUAUACCGGGGGAUACAGGAUCUGUGGCAACCGCGACUAUGGUUCGGCGCCAAAUGCCGCCGCGCGCCUGCAAGAGCAAGAGCCAGAGCGCCGCCAGGCACAGUCUUAGUCCCAGCCGCCUGGCCAAGAAGCCCAGCCUGACGCCGACCACCGGUUCUCAGGCGCCAUCGCAGACCAUCGCAAAGUCGAGGCCCACCGGUCUCGAGACGAUUUUUGAACGGUCCGGCAAUGAGGACGACGGGCCCACCAGCAGCCAUGCCGUGGCAUUCGGCGAGUGCCAGCGCCGCGUCCUCGCCCUGGGUACGGGCGAAAAAAAAAGAACCCUGUCGCAGAAGAGCUGCCUGAAGGUGCGCAACACCUUGGGCGAACGCAGCACCCGGCACAUGAUGACACUGCGGGCGUCCCGCACUACUUUGGACAGCGUAAUGCUCGGGGGCUCGGACGAUAAAGGCGAGUCGGUCGGAGUCGCUCCCGUAGCUGCUCCCGAAGUCGUUCCCGCUGGAGGAAAUGCCGGUACAAAUCAGCCGGCACCAUUCGUGCUGCGCACCAGCAGGAGGCUCAAGAGUCUGCCUCCGUUUUAGAUUGUUGCACCUUCCACCCUCCAAAUGAAAGAAAAAGAAUAAAGAAAAGAAAAGCAAAGAAAAGAAAAACCCUCUACAGAAUGUCUCUUUUGCUCUCAUUGUAAAUUGAAGCGCCUCUUUCGGCGGAACCUACCCCAAGAGCGGAAAGCGGAGAUCAAUUAGAAUUGUGAACCCCAAAGCGAGCGAUUGAUACGAUACACUCACGAGUACUCAUGCCCAAGCCCGAGUACUCUGUCCAGCAUCCACAUCGGGGAAUCAACAUAAAUGGGUGGCUCCGCGGACGGUGUUCCAGCAGUCGCGCUUGGGCGGUCCGAGUGAGCAGUAACGGAUCUUCUGCAGAAAUCAGUGCAUAGAUACAGUAUCUGAAGGAUCAAAGUGUUGAAAAUCAAUUAAAAGAUGGACGAGGCUUCUGGCACGACGACAACCGAUGGCAAGUCCCUGGAUGAGGCGCCGGUGGCCGCAGGACUGGAGCCCACACAGCCGAUCGGCUUCCUGCAGCUCUUCCGCUUCUCCACCUGCGGGGAGAUCGCGUGGCUCUUCUUUGGGUUCCUCAUGUGCUGCGUCAA